AAUCACGAGAGACUGAUCCCAAAUCCCUAUGCCUGGAAGUAUCUAAAGCAGCCGAUAAUGAUGAAUUUAUUGAAUAUAAUGUUGCUAAGGAAUGUAUUGAGAGCUUUCCUUUUGAUGCUAAAUUCGCUAAAGAAACGAUUGACGCUGUGUCACACUUCAUGUCAAAUUAUUAUGCUUUCCUUGACGAGGCCAAUGAAGAACCACCAAAGGGAUUUACUUAUCAACCUGAAGCUUUAAGAAAUACUAUUUUCAAAUUAAAAGAUGACCAUACAAGAAUUGUUAAUAUUUGCUAUCAGAAUUUUGUUUAUGAUCAAAACCUAACUUUAUACUCUGUAGUUACGACCGAUAAAGAAAAAUAUAAAACACAGACCCCCGAAAUUGAUGGAAAACCUACAUUACAAGCAAUAAUUGAAUUUGCAAAUAAUAGUAUUUCAUAUUCAAAAGAUUUGGAGUCCGAUUCAACAUGUAUUACAUAUAAUUUAAAAUGUCCGAAAAAAUCAUUUAAAUUAGAAAGAGAAUGGGCUAUUGUAUACGAUUGUACUUCUGAUAGCUUUUUCUUACAAGAUACUUCUACUUCAAGUAGCAAUGGUACAAAAUUAACGUCAAGAGAUAAAGCUACAGAGUCGACUUCAAAUAAAAAUUUUAAAGCGUCGGCAUCAAGGAAUAAAAAAAACAAAAAGUCACAAAUUAAACACGCGAAAUUAGUAACUGAAGAUUUUUACUUAGUAAAUAACGGAACAGUUGGUGUCGCAGUAAUUACUGAGGAAAGUGAAAAAACUACUAUAUUCUCUCUAGUAGAUGGUCUUGAUAAAUUAAAUAACCUAGGUGUAAAAAAGCUUAUUUUAGAUAUGUCAAAUAAUCUUGGUGGAGACGUUUCU